AUGAGAGCGUGGCAACGUCUGCCUAAAGACUGGACCACUCGAACCAAUGUAAACUCCGGCGGAGAAGGAGGGGAGGCAGACGACGGGAACGCGUGCGGAGGGUUCGUUGGGGAACUCGACUUGGCCGUGGGGCGAUCGGUGUACGUCUGGGGGAGGGAGAUGAAACUGGUCGGUUGCGAUCCGUUCACCAGGGCGUAUUACAGGCGAGAGCACGGUAUCGAGAUGGAAGCGAAUCUCGACGAAACCGCCACCGCCGCUGGGAGACCAGCGUACAGGACCCGCAGCGUGACAGCUGCCAUCGUCGGAAAACCAAGACCGGCGGACGGCAGCACGGCGGCAGCGGCGGCGGAAGGGACGGUAACGGACUACCUCACCUCAAGCCUCGGUCGGUAUAAGGGGGGUGGGCCGGGGGGGGCUCUUCCCGUGGACCGUUACAGGGGGCAUCGCCUCCGGUGCAAGGCUGUGCUGAGAAGCAACAUGCCCAAUGACAAGGGCCGGGAGUUUGUGAUCACGUACGACCUGGCUUGGAACACCUUGAUGGUGUACGAGCUGCAGCGCCGCAACUCCGGGCGUCCUGGGGGGCUAUUCCUGGUAAAGGGCAGACACCGAAGACCUGGGGAAAACAACAGGUAUUAUGUGCCCCAAGACCUGUACCUAGGAGCUGUCGUACCGUUGGUGACAGGCCACACGCUUGUGGUCACGGAAAUGGACCGCUCAAGUCUCGCGUUGUGUGAGGCCCACCCCCGCGAGUUCCCCCUGAUGGACUGCAGGCGGGUGCUUGGGAGGAUUGCCCAGAGGGCCAGGAACAUGCGGCUAGCCCUGCGAAGCGAGCUCCGUCGCCGAGCGGCCAACACCCAACGGAACACUGUGACAGCUGCCCGCGAAUCACCUGUCGGCGAAGGAGGAAGAAACGGAGAUAGUAUCUCACCGUCGCACGUAGGCGCGGCCGCCGCCGCGGCAAGCAACACGUCGAGGUGGUCCGCAGGGAAGAUCUUGACCAAAGGUGACGGCAACCGUAGCGGGGACAGCGACAGCGACCGUCAUUGGGUACCCUCGGGAGUAGCCCCCGCCACCUCGACGGCAGAAACGCCGGGGCAGCAGUGGGGCAUCCUUGGAAUGAACGGCGGCAACUGCUCCGGUCAGAACGACACCAACCAUCAUGGUUCAGGCGCCGGUUUUAGCAACGGAAGGGGCGUUCCCUCAGGAAGGCGUGCUCGAAGCGGAGCCACUUGGGGGCUUGUCGGAGGUUGGGGCGACAGCUAUGCCAACACCACCGAAACCGGAGAAUACAAGAACAGCAGCACCACCACCAGCAACAUUGGCACGGUAGACGAACCCCGCUGUGUUUCCGAACUCGUCCAACCAUGCGUCAGCUACGGUUACACCCACCAUGAGAAUAGAGGAGGCAACCCGAAGAAUGAGUCGGCCACGGCCCCCUGGGCUGCCGUACAGGCUGCAGGGGUUAACGUCUUCAAGUUGAGCACGGGACAAGCGGCACUCAUGGCGAGGAAGUCAGCAGGCACUCCCAGGCGGGCCGACGCAGGCACGGACGUGGGAGCUAAGAGGAGCAGUGCAGAAGGCAACGGCUACGAUACGUUCGAGGGUCACGAGGCGUUUCGUGAUGCCAUGGAUGGUCUGGGGCUUCUUGUGGGGCUGGGUCAGCAGGAAGUGUUGACUCUGGUUCGGGCGUUCACCGACAAGCGGGGCAAAAGAAUCCUGUGGGCGAGCAUGUGCGACAGUAUUUCGCAGCUUGACGCCGACGCCGUCGCCACCGCCACCGCCACAGCGGCAACCAGCCACGGAGGUACUCGCGGGACAAUAGACACCGUGGGAGGCCUUCGCAUUCCCGUGGCAACAAGGACACAUCGCCGUCCACUUGAGCCACCGGCGGCCGGCGGCGAAACAGUGAGUGCUUACCCUGUUCACUGCAUCGGUUUGAGAGGAAAGAGGCGCCUUGAUUUCGGGAGGGUGUAG